AAUUUGCUUAUGGUCGUUUUAUUACGGCAGAUUGUGAUUGUCCUGCGUUUGCAUCUGUUCGAUAGCAAGCGAGAGUGCGGUGACGGAGUGUUUUGAAAUAAUAUUUUGGUUGCUUUGUUAAAUACGUGUGCAUUUUCAAUGAUUAUUCUUAGAAGAAAGUGCUGUUCUUAAAGUGAUUUACGAUAAUUGUGAAUUUCUACGUCGCAAGGAAAACCAUUAUGGAUUUCAAAACAGCCGCUCAUCACAUUUUUACCGCUGCACGAAACGGAAAUCUUACUCGAUUAAAAGUAAGUCACAGGCGCCUAUGCAGCAUUCUUUAUGACGAUGUACCUACACAGUUGGCGCUCUGAUGAGCUAAGCAUGUUAGUGGGUGCUAAGACGACGGGAGCGACGCCGCUCGUCAUCGCCUGCAGGAACGGGCACUACGAUGUCGCGGAGUAUCUUAUAGAGCGUUGUAAAGCGGACAUCGAACAGCCCGGAUCAGUAACAUUCGACGGUGAGACAAUAGAGGGCGCUCCCCCACUUUGGUGUGCGGCCGCGGCGGGACACCUCCCGCUAGUGCGGUUGCUGGUUCGCGCUGGCGCGAAUGUCAACUCCACGACGCGCACACACAGCACGCCGCUCAGAGCAGCAUGCUUUGACGGACACUUUGUUAUUGUUAAGUUCCUAGUUGAGAAUGGCGCAGAUAUAGAAAGAGCGAAUCGACACGGCCACACGUGCCUCAUGAUAGCUUGUUAUAAGGGCCAUAUUCACAUAGCGAAGUAUCUUCUCUCCCUGAACGCCGAUGUUAAUAGAAAGAGCGUGAAAGGCAACACAGCCUUACACGACUGCGCCGAGAGCGGGUCUCUACAUAUACUUAAAAUGCUCUUAGGUCACGGGGCCACAAUGGAUGUCGAUUCUUAUGGCAUGACUCCUUUACUAGCGGCAUCUGUAACCGGUCACACGCACAUAGUGGAACACCUUAUUAAUGCAGAACACGGACUGGUGUCGAGACAGCAACGCAUCGAUGCGUUGGAGUUGUUAGGCGCGACGUAUGUCGACAAAAGACGCGAUAUGGUCGGUGCGCUUGCGUUAUGGAAACGCGCGAUGGAUGACAGAUUUCCAACGGACGAUAGUGAACCAAUACACAAGCCAAAAGACAUUCCUCGAAUAGAGGCGUAUGACUACGCGGUGGAACCUAGCAACGCGCAACAAUUAGAAGAACUGCUAGCCGACCCGGAUGCCAUGAGAAUGCAAGCCCUCGUCAUCAGAGAAAGGAUAUUAGGGCCGGCGCACCCCGACACGUCGUACUACGUGCGCUACCGCGGCGCCGUGUACGCGGACGCGGGCCGCUUCGCGCGCUGCCGCCAGCUGUGGCACCACGCGCUCGACAUGCAGCGCGCCGUGCUGCCGCCGCUGUCGCCGCUCACGCAGUCCAGUCUCUACAGCUUCGCCGAGCUCUUCUCCUACAUGCUGGCCGAGCGCGCGCGCCCGCCGCUCAGAGGUCGCAUCGUUCCACCAGUGACGUUCGAAGACAUAGACCCAGUAUUUAGGAAAGCAUUAUCAGAAAUAGAGAGAGGGAUGGCGUUACUUGAAUCAAAACUAAGUAUCGAUAGAGAAAACACACUGACGACACUACAGAGGGUGCUCGUUAUAUCGCUCCACCUGGCGUCGUUAAUGGCGAAGCUGCUCGAGGAACCAGAGUGCACGGAGGAAGUUUCCAAGAUGAUCCAUAAGGCUGUCUACUCACUUGUCAAGUUAGAUAUUAAGGUGCGGCAGGGCCGCUCGGCGCUGCACGCGGCGUGCUCGGCGGAGGGCGGGCGCGCGCGCGGCGCGUGGGCCGAGGCCGCGUGCCCCGCGCUCGUGGCGCUCAUGCUGCGCCUCGGCGCCGACACGCACGCGCGCGACGCCGACGGGAACACGCCGCUGCACCUCAUCUGCAAGCUGAAUCCGUGUCCCGGGGAAGUGGUAAGAGAACUCCUGUCCUACGGUGCACACAUCGACACGGUCAACUACGAAGGGGAAACUCCCGAGGAAAUCCUCAAAGCGACCCAACAGAGCCUCGCUGCCAUAGUGAAUCCGUUGAAAUUCACGACAUUAAAAUGCCUCGCAGCGCGCACGGUGAAGAACUAUAGACUGCCUUAUAGACAUGUCGUACCACAGUGUUUGCAUUCGACUAUCAUUACUCAUUGAAAUUGCUCUGUGUUUCGCCUACUCUGUGCAUUGCGUUGCAUUAUUGUGUCAAGUUGAAACUUUCGUCACUUAGUGUCUAGUUGUCUAUGUUACAGGACUCAUCUUCGCGAUGUGUUCUAAACGCCAUUCAUAUAGACUAUAUUAAUAGAUGCUUAGAUCGAGAAUCGUAUGUCGAAUAAUAAAAUUUAUUUUUUCACCAGACUUAUCUAUUAAAUUGGACACUCGUUUUUAUAGUGAAUCCGCGUAGUUAAAGUUUACUCGUAUUUUGCCGUUGCAAUUUUUAGAUAUAGACGGCCAUUUGAUGUUACUAUUUGAAUUAAGAACUGCUUGACAGCUGUCAGACUGAGGGAUCUCAUAACUGUCUAUGACGUGUAGUUUUUAUCUGUAUUAUACCAUUUUUUUCUUAAAUCUCGUUUAACGUGUAAUUUGAACUUGGAAACUUAAAAUAUAUGCUAUAUUGAAUACUUCAGUUGUAUUUGGUGUUAAAGUAAAUGUGAAGAUUAUUCUGUCUUGUUAACAUUUAGAGUUCGAACACAGCCUUCGGAACACAAAAUAGCCUUCUUGUAGAACCUAUCUUGUUUGCACAUAUUGUUUUGUAUGG